GUUGCCGUCGUGUUUAUGUUCUCACGGCUAUGUGUGUGUUGUCUGACAGGAUGAGGCUGUGGAGCGAUGUUCUGUCCCAGAGGUCCCCAAAGAACACUGUGGUCAGAGGAUCAUGGUCAAGUGUCUGUCCCUCAAAUUUGAAAUAGAAAUUGAGCCAAUAUUUGGGACCCUCGCUCUCUAUGAUGUCAAGGAAAAGAAAAAGAUCUCAGAGGACUUCCACUUUGACCUGAACUCUGAUCAGAUGAAGGGCUUGCUGCGCCUCCACACGCCCCACACAGCCAUCUCCACCCUGGCCCGCUCAGCCAUCUUCUCCAUCACGUACCCCUCUGCAGACAUCUUCCUGGUCAUCAAGCUGGAGAAAGUCCUUCAGCAGGGAGACAUAGGGGAAUCCUGUGAACCCUACAUGGUCAUGAAAGAGUCGGACUCAUCAAAGGUAACACACAAGGAGAAGCUGGAGAAGCUGCGUCUUCAGGCGGAGACGUCGUGUAGCAGGCUGGGGAGGUACAGGAUGCCCUUCGCCUGGACGGCCAUCCACCUGGUCAACAUCGUCAGCAGUGUGGGGGGGCUGGAGCGCUCCGACCCCGACUCUGACUCUGAGCGGAAAGGCCAUGGAACAUGGAACGAGAGAAAGAAGAAAGGGUUUGAGCGGAUGAGUGUGGGAGAGGACAUGUGUAACUUUGCCACCUUCCGUCCAGCCACUCUCACAGUCACCAACUUCUUCAAACAGGAGGGGGACAGGCUGAGUGAUGAAGACCUCUACAAGUUUCUGGCAGACAUGCGCAGACCGUCCUCUGUCCUACGCAGACUGAGACCUGUCACAGCCCAGCUGAAGAUAGACAUCUCUCCUGCCCCAGACUCUCCUCACUACUGCCUGUCUCCUGAGCUGCUCCAUGUCAAGCCCUACCCUGACCUGAGGGUGCGCCCCACCAAGGAGGUGCUGGAGUUCCCUGCCCGCUACGUCUACUCCCCUCACACCACCUAUAGGAACCUGCUGUAUAUCUACCCCCAGAGCCUGAACUUCAGCAGUCGGCAGGGCUCAGUCAGGAACAUUGCUGUCAAGGUGCAGUUCAUGGCAGGAGAGGAUCCCAGUCUGGCCAUGCCGGUGAUCUUUGGGAAAUCCAGCUGUGCUGAGUUCUUCACAGAGACUUAUUCACCCGUCAUCUACCAUGACAAGUCCCCAGAGUUCUAUGAGGAGGUGAAGAUGAAGAUUCCAGCCAACCUGACAGACAACCACCACCUCCUGUUCACCUUCUACCACAUCAGCUGUCAGCCCAAACAGAACACGCCCCUGGAGACCCCCGUAGGAUACACCUGGAUUCCUCUGAUGCAACAUGGCCGCCUACGGACCGGUUCCUUCAGUCUGCCCGUCUCUGUGGAGAAACCACCACCCAGCUACUCCGUCCUCACCCCUGACGUGCAGCUUCCAGGCAUGAAGUGGGUGGAUAAUCACAAGCAGGUGUUCAAUGUGGAGGUGACAGCUGCCUCCUCAGUUCACACUCAGGACCCCCACCUGGAUAAGUUCUUCACCCUGUGUUACGUCCUGGAGGAGUACUCGUUCCCGUUCCGUCUGAAGGACUGUAUCAUCAGUGAGGCCAAUGUGGAGGGUGAGCUGAAGGCCAGCAUGACCGGCCUGCGGGGGGCGCUACUCGACACCUGCGUCCGCUUCCUCCACCAGCUGCUCUCCAAACUCAUCCUGCUCAUCGUCCACCCGCCCGUCAUCGCAGGACAGAUCGUGAACCUGGGCCGUGCAGCGUUCGAGGCCAUGUCCCUGCUGGUCAACCAGAUCCAUAAGAACCUGGAGGGGAACCAGGACCAGCAUGGCAGGAACAACCUGCUGGCCUCCUACAUCCACUACUGCUUCCACCUGCCCACUGCUGAGCCUGCCAUGCUCCCUACUGGGGGUGCCACCCCGGCCUACGAGCUGCCCAUCCAGUAUGCCACAUUGUCCAGGGCAACGGCCCGCCCCAGCACCCUUCACCUGGCCCGCUCCAAGAGCAUCAGUAACUCCAACCCUGACCUGGCCAGCACCCCCACUUCGCCUGACGAGGAGGUGCAGAGGAUCAUCGCCAGCAAGGGGAUAGACCGCUCCCACUCCUGGGUAAACUCUGCUUAUGCCCCCGGGGGCUCCAGAGCUGUGCUACGCCGGAACCCCAACUUCACCUGUGAGCUCAAGCAGGCAAGUGAUCGUGGCUGCAAUCGCAUGUCUGCCUUUGUAGACAGCGCCACCUUCUGUUCAGCUCCAACAAGACAGAUUGCCAAGAAGCUGCUCCAUGAGGAGCUGGCACUACAGUGGGUGGUGAGCACCAGCACAGUGAGGGAGGCAGCACUGCAACAGGCCUGGUUCUUCUUCCAGCUCAUGACGAAGAGUAUGUCCCACCACCUGUUCCUGUCCUCCCGGAUAGACCUUCCCAGACGCCAGCGCUUCCCAGACCGCUUUGUGGAUGACAUCGCUGCUCUAGUGGGGGCUAUCAGUGCUGAUGUAGCAGGGCGAUACCACAAGGAUUUGGAGCUUGUGGAGAGGUUGAACAGCAGUCUUGCCUUCUUCCUGAAUGACCUGCUGUCUCUCAUGGACCGUGGCUUCGUCUUCAACCUCAUCCGCUCCUACUACAAACAGAUUGCCAACAAGUUCCACACAGCCCAGAACCCCAGCUCUCUGACUGCUCUGAGAAUGGACUUCACCCGCAUCGUGUGCAGCCAUGAGCACUAUGUCACCCUCAACCUACCCUGCUCCACCCUCAGCCCCCCCGCCUCCCCCUCCCCCUCCACCUCCUCCACCACUUCCCAGGGUUCAGCGUUCUCCAGUAUGCACCAGGACCAGGGUGUGGCCAGUAUGUUUGAGCUCUCCGUCCCCUUCAGACAGCAACACUUCCUGUCUGGCCUGCUGCUGACUGAACUAUCCCUCAUCCUGGAGCCUGAUGGGGAGGGGGUGUUUUUCCUGCAUAAGAAGGCCAUCAGUGCAGUCCACUCUCUGAUGUGCAGUCACGACGCGGACCCUCGCUACACGGACCCCCAGGUGCGAGCCCACAUCGCCCAGCUCUACCUGCCCCUCAUCCCCAUCGUCAUGGACAGCCUGCCCCAGCUUCAUGACUUCACAGACGCUUCUCAAGCCCGGGGCCGCCACGCCCCCGCUAUGCAAGACGAUGGGGACCCAGACAACGGAACCAUCAGUCAGUCUGUCGCCAUGGCGAUCGCUGGCUCCCCGCUGCCGCAUGCCAAAGCCCCCAACUUCACCAUGCCCACGGUGGCUGGUCGUCAGUGCAGCUCUCUGUCGGCAGAGUGCAGUAGGACUCUGCUGGUGUCUUUCCUGUGGGUCCUGAAGAACGCAGAUGCUGCGCUGCUGGAGAGCUGGGUGUCAGACCUCUCUGUGCUGCAGAUCAACAGGCUGCUAGACCUGCUGCACCUCUCGGUGUCCUGCUUCGAGUACAAGGGGAAGAAGGCUCUGGAGCGUAUCAACAGCCUGACAUUUAAGAAGUCUCAGGACAUGAAGGCUCGUCUAGAGGAGGCCAUACUGGGAACCAUCGGAGCCCGACAGGAGAUGGUCCGUCGCUGCAGAGAGCGGAGUCCAUAUGGCAAUGAGAAUGUCAGAUGGAGGAAGAACGUCACUCACUGGAGACAGAACACCGACCGAGUCGACAAAACUAAGGCGGAGACGGAGCAGGAGUCCGUGGUGGAUGGAAACCUGGCCACUGAAGCCUCUCUGGUCGUCCUGGACACGCUGGAGAUCAUAGUGAAGACGGUGCUGGUGUCAGAGCUGAAGGAGAGUGUUUUGGGCGGGGUGUUGAGAGUCCUCCUCCACAGCAUGGCAGGGAGUCAGAGUGCCCUCUUCCUGCAGCACUGCUUCACUACACAGAGGGGACUGGUAUUCAAGUUCCCAGAGAUGCUGUUUGAGGAGGACACAGAGCUGUGUGCUGACCUGUGUCUGCGUCUGCUCCGCCACUGCAGCAGCAGUGUGGGCUCUGUCCGGAGUCAAGCCUCCGCCUCCCUCUACCUGCUGAUGAGGCAGAACUUUGAGAUCGGCAACAACUUUGCCCGGGUGAAGAUGCAGGUCACCAUGUCCCUGUCCUCCCUGGUGGGGACAUCUCAGAACUUCAACGAGGAGCACCUCCGGCGUUCCCUAAAAACCAUCCUGACCUACGCAGAGGAGGACCUGGAGCUACGGGACUCCCCGUUCCCAGAACAGGUCCAGGAUCUGGUCUUCAAUCUGCACAUGAUUCUGACUGACACAGUCAAGAUGAAGGAGCACCAGCAGGACCCUGAGAUGCUCAUUGAUCUCAUGUACAGGAUUGCUAAGGGCUACCAGAACUCCCCUGAUCUGCGCCUGACGUGGCUGCAGAACAUGGCGGGGAAGCACUCGGAGAGAGGGAACCACGCGGAGGCAGCCCACUGCCUGGUGCACAGCGCCGCCCUGGUGGCAGAGUACCUCAACAUGCUGGAGGACUGCCGCUACCUGCCCAUUGGCUGUGUCACCUUCCAGCACAUCUCGUCUAAUGUUCUGGAGGAGUCAGCGGUGUCUGAUGACAUCCUGUCCCCGGAGGAGGAGGGUAUCUGUGCGGGGAAGUACUUCAGCGAGGUGGGGCUGGUGGGGCUGCUGGAGCAAGCUGCAACCUCAUUCCACAUGGCUUCCAUGUAUGAGGCCAUCAACGAGGUGUAUAAGAUCCUUCUCCCGGUCCACGAGGCCAACAGAGACUUCAAGAAGCUGGCUACUGUCCAUGGAAAGUUGCAGGACACCUUUAACAAAAUCUACAACCAGAGUUCUGGAUGGGAGAGGAUGUUUGGGACCUACUUCCGGGUGGGCUUCUACGGCUGUCGCUUUGGGGACCUGGAUGAGCAGGAGUUUGUGUACAAGGAGCCCUCUAUCACCAAGCUGGCUGAGAUCUCCUACAGAUUAGAGGAGUUCUAUGCUGAGCGGUUUGGAGAUGAUGUGGUGGAGAUUAUCAAGGACUCCAACCAUGUGGACAAGAACAAGCUGGACCCCAAUAAGGCCUACCUCCAGAUCACCUAUGUGGAGCCCUUCUUCGACACCUACGAGCUGAAGGAGAGGAUCACCUACUUCGACAAGAACUACAACCUGCGCACCUUCAUGUACUGCACCCCCUUCACCCUGGACGGGCGCGCCCACGGGGACCUGCACGAGCAGUACAAACGCAAAUCCAUCCUCACCACAUCCCACGCUUUCCCCUACAUCAAGACACGCAUCAACGUCAUCCACAAAGAGGAGAUCAUCCUGGUGCCCAUGGAGGUGGCUAUAGAGGACAUGCAGAAGAAGACCCAGGAGCUGGCCUUCGCUACCCACCAGGAGCCUGCCGACGCCAAGAUGCUACAGAUGGUGCUGCAGGGCUCCGUGGGCACCACUGUCAACCAGGGCCCUCUGGAGGUGGCCCAGGUCUUUCUCUCUGACAUUCCUGACGACCCCAAGCUGUACCGUCAUCACAACAAACUACGCCUCUGCUUUAAAGACUUCACUAAGAGGUGUGAGGAUGCCCUGAGGAAGAACAAGACUCUGAUUGGUCCAGACCAGAAAGAGUACCACAAGGAAAUGGAGAGGAACUACAAUAAGCUGAAAGAAUCUCUGGGACCUCUCAUCACCCGCAAGAUCCCCCAGCUCUACAGGACACUGCCGGCUGCAGGGCUUCAGUCUGCUACACAAAGAAAUUCCUUCAGUAGGUCCAGUCUCCGCAGGGGGGACUGUUGAAAGCACAGCAGACCUCGUCAACGGAGAGGAAACCGAGAGCUUGAGACAUACUUUUGAUUUCAACUGGUCUGUCUGUCUCCCCCACCCCCUUCACACACCAACAGUCUAUCCUCAACACUCACACCAUCCUUCUCCAUCUCUCUAGCUUGUUAUUCCAACCCCCCCCCCCCCAGUGUCAGGCCAUACCAUCUCUCUCCCGCCUCACUCACUCACUUCUUGUCGUCCUCUCCUGCUCUGCUCUACCUCCCCCCAUUCUCUCUGUCUCUCACACUCUUAUAGGAAAAGCUCCCUCUGUUUAUACUGGAAGUUUAUCUGCACUGUAAACAGUCAUUUGGACCAUCUCUCUCUUUCUCCUGGGCAUUUACAUAGACCAGCUUUCAGGAGGAGUCUCUCUACAUUGAGGAGGAGCCAGAAUGAUGCCUCUCCCUCACAGUUCAUCUCCGCUCAGUUUAAUUGUAGCUUUUCCUGAACUGGAGAAUCCAAAACCGCUCCUAGGCGCUUCCCUAAUUGUGUGUUUGUUUUGGGCCGCGUUUGAAUGUGUGCACUUGGACGUUUGUGUUUGAGUGUGUGUCUUGGACGUUUGUGUUUGAAUGUGUGUCUUGCCCCGACUGCACAGGAUAUAGGCUUCUUUCCAUUUGCUUGUGUGUGUGUCAUGUUUGCUGUGGAAGGGCCUGGGUGGUUACACUGUGUGGUUGAGCAGGCCUGUUCCCUGUGUUUCGUGGCCUUAGUGAAUUUGUGUGUGAUUAUUUUGGUGGGGGACCAGUUGCUGCCAGACGUAGUCAUUAAAUGUUCCCAGGGAAGUCGUUCUGUAACCAACGAUCCUCAUACCAAAUAACUGACAUUCUUUCACUCCUGACUUCUCUCUUUCAUACACCCUGUAUCAGGACAGGAAUUCAUUAUGAAGAAGUAUGACAUUUUGAUCAUUAGAGGCCCAUCUGCUCUAGAUGAACAUACAAUGGACACAUUGUAGGUUGGAGAGAUGUGGCUUUGGGAAGAGAGGGAGCCUUACAAAUGGUCUCUGACACUGUGAAAUGUUAUUUUUCCUGCACUGACCAAAAACACUGUCACAUCACUGAUGUUCACAUGGUAAGCACUGCCAGACAGGCAGUGACAUUCACUCUCUCCCCCCCUCUCCCUCUCUCACUCUGUGCUGACAAACACUUCACAUGUUCUGGAAUGAAUCUUCAACCCUGUGGUUGGUGGAAACAUGUCAUGUACGUUUUUUUAACUACUGUAUUGGACUGUGUCUCCUUUAUUGUAUUGCACUAUACUGUAUUCACACUGCCGCACCUACGUACCAACGUCUGUAACUACUGUAUUUCCUCUGUUUAUUGUAUUUUCACGAGGCUUGUCUAAAACUGCAUUUUUAUCGGUCAGGAAAAGAACUACUCUUUUUUUAUUUAUUCACUUUUUUUGUACUGCUCUGUAUUAAAAUGUUAUUUCAAUAUUAA